AUGGCGAAGAAACCAAAAAUAAACCCGCGAAUGGUUGCAACAGAAGAGAAUGAGGGCAUGUUUGGCUACGUGUUCGCUGUGUCUGGCCCUGUGGUGACGGCGGAGAGGAUGUCGGGCUCCGCUAUGUACGAGCUGGUGCGCGUCGGAUACAACGAGCUGGUCGGCGAGAUCAUCCGGCUGGAGGGAGACAUGGCCACCAUACAGGUGUACGAGGAGACAUCAGGCGUGACUGUAGGUGACCCGGUGCUGCGUACAGGCAAGCCGCUGUCCGUGGAGCUGGGCCCCGGCAUCCUCGGCUCCAUCUUUGACGGCAUCCAGCGCCCGCUCAAGGACAUCAACGAGCUCACUCGCUCCAUCUACAUACCCAAGGGCAUCAACGUGCCCAGCCUCUCGAGAGAUGCUCAUUGGCAUUUUGUCCCGAAUAACGACUACAGGGUGGGAUCCCAUAUCACCGGAGGCGACCUGUAUGCCAUAGUGCACGAGAACACACUGGUCAAACACAAGAUGCUGAUGCCGCCACGAGCCAAGGGAACCAUCACGUAUAUCGCACCAACUGGCGACUACAAUGUCACUGAUGUCGUGUUGACCACGGAGUUUGAAGGCGAGAAGACUUCAUUCACCAUGUUGCAAGUAUGGCCGGUGCGCCAGCCGCGCCCCGUCACCGAGAAGCUGCCCGCCAACCACCCGCUGCUGACUGGCCAGAGAGUGCUCGACUCACUUUUCCCUUGCGUCCAGGGCGGUACCACGGCCAUCCCCGGAGCGUUCGGUUGCGGCAAGACUGUCAUCUCACAGGCGCUGUCCAAGUACUCCAACUCUGACGUCAUCGUGUACGUCGGCUGCGGAGAGCGUGGUAACGAAAUGUCUGAAGUACUCCGGGACUUCCCCGAGCUGACGGUGGAGAUCGAGGGCGUGACAGAGUCCAUCAUGAAGCGCACGGCCCUCGUCGCCAAUACUUCAAAUAUGCCUGUGGCUGCUCGUGAAGCUUCUAUAUACACGGGUAUCACCCUCUCCGAGUACUUCCGCGAUAUGGGUUACAACGUAUCCAUGAUGGCUGACUCCACCUCCCGUUGGGCCGAGGCGCUGCGUGAGAUCUCGGGUCGUCUGGCUGAGAUGCCGGCGGACUCCGGCUACCCCGCCUACCUGGGCGCUCGCCUGGCCUCCUUCUACGAGCGCGCCGGACGCGUCAAGUGUCUCGGUAGCCCUGACAGGGAAGGUUCGGUAUCCAUCGUGGGCGCCGUGUCUCCCCCCGGAGGUGACUUCUCGGACCCUGUGACAGCAGCCACGCUGGGCAUCGUGCAGGUGUUUUGGGGGCUCGACAAGAAGCUCGCGCAGAGGAAACACUUCCCCUCCAUCAACUGGCUCAUCUCUUACAGUAAAUACAUGCGUGCACUAGACGAAUACUAUGACGUAUCCUUCCCCGAGUUUACGCCACUCAGAGUGAAGGUUAAGGAGAUCCUGCAGGAGGAGGAGGAUCUGUCUGAGAUCGUGCAGCUGGUCGGCAAGGCGUCGCUGGCCGAGACCGACAAGAUCACGCUGGAGGUCGCCAAGUUGAUAAAAGACGACUUCUUACAGCAGAACAGCUACUCGGCGUACGAUCGCUUCUGCCCGUUCUACAAGACGGUGGGGAUGCUCAAGAACAUCGUAGCUUUCUAUGACAUGUCGCGCCACGCGGUGGAGUCCACGGCGCAGUCUGAGAAUAAGGUCACGUGGAACACUAUCAGAGACCACAUGGGGCCUGUGCUCUACUCGCUCUCUUCUAUGAAAUUCAAGGACCCUGUGAAGGAUGGCGAGGCCAAGAUUAAAGCUGAUUUCGACGUACUCCUGGAGGAAAUGGCAGUUGCCUUCCGUAAUAUAGAAGAUUAAAAUGUUACCUAUUGU